CUCGAUAAUGGCAAUAAUAAAAUGGCAAUCCAGCAAGCGGAUAAACUGCUCAAAAAGCACAAGGAUCUUCACUGUGCAAAGGUUCUAAAGGCAAUUGGCUUGCAGAGAACUGGCAAGCAAGAUGAAGCGUAUGCUCUGGCACAAGAAGUAGCAGCACUUGAACCCACAGAUGAUAAUUCCUUGCAAGCACUAACUAUUCUUUACCGGGAAAUGCACAGACCGGAACUGGUAACUAAACUUUACGAGGCAGCUGUAAAGAAGGUUCCCAACAGUGAAGAGUACCACUCUCAUCUCUUCAUGGCCUAUGCCAGGGUUGGAGAAUACAAGAAGAUGCAACAGGCUGGAAUGGCACUUUAUAAGAUUGUACCCAAAAAUCCUUACUAUUUUUGGUCUGUGAUGAGCCUAAUUAUGCAGUCUAUUUCAGCACAGGAUGAAAACCUCUCAAAGACGAUGUUUUUGCCACUAGCUGAGAGAAUGGUGGAAAAAAUGGUGAAAGAGGAUAAGAUUGAAGCUGAGGCUGAAGUUGAACUGUACUACAUGAUUCUGGAACGUUUGGAGAAGUAUAAGGAAGCCUUGGAUGUCGUGAGAGGAAAACUAGGGGAGAAGCUGACAAGUGAGCUCCAAAGCCGUGAGAACAAGUGUAUGGCGAUGUACAAGAAGCUGUGUAGGUGGCCAGAGUGCAACGCACUGUCGAGAAGACUGCUGCUGAAAAACUCAGAUGAUUGGCAGUUUUAUAUCACUUACUUUGAUUCAGUGUUUCAACUCAUUGAUGAAUCCUGGACACCUCCAGCAGAAGAAGAGCACUCUUUGGAAGGAGAGGUACAUUAUUCCAUAGAGCAAGCUGUGAAAUUUAUAGAAGAGAGGAUAACAGAAGAAUCUAAGAGCUCACGGCCACUUCGAGGACCAUAUUUAGCUAAACUGGAGCUGAUCAGACGUUUGCGACACAGAGGUUGCAAUGAUGAAUAUAAAUUAGGUGAUCCAGAAGAACUAAUGUUCCAAUACUUCAAAAAAUUUGGGGACAAGCCCUGCUGUUUUACUGAUCUCAGAGUAUUUGUGGAUCUCCUCCCAUCCAGCCAGUACACAAAGUUCAUCAGUCAGUUGCUGGGGAUAAUCCCCCUGUCGGCAGCUGGUGAGAGCUCCAUCGCGCUGCCAGCCGAUAUCAAAGCCCUGCAGCAGCACCUGUGUGUGGUGCAGCUCACCAGGCUGCUCGGCAUCUACCACACCAUGGACAAGAAGGAAAAGCUGACUGUGGUCCGGGAGCUGAUGUUAAGAUACCGCCAUGGGUUGGAGUUUGGGAAGUCUUGUUUGAAAACUGAAUUGCAGUUCUCGGAUUAUUACUGCCUGCUUGCAGUUCACCUGCUGCUCGAUCUGUGGCUAGAAGGUGAAGAGAUGGCUGUGUGGCAGUGCCUGACUCUCUUAGAAGAGGGGUUGUCUCAUAGCCCUUCUAAUGCUCAGUUUAAAUUGCUGCUUAUUCGAAUCUACUGUAGGCUUGGUGCAUUUGAACCUGUUGCAGAGCUGUAUUCCAGCCUUGAUGCGAAACACAUACAGCACGACACCAUCGGUUAUCUUCUGACACGAUAUGCAGAGUCACUCGGCCAUUAUGCUGCUGCAUCCCAAUCCUGCAAUUUUGCACUCAGGUUUUUCCACUCCAACCAGAAAGAUACCUCAGAAUAUAUCAUUCAAGCCUACAAGUAUGGUGCGUUUGAGAAGAUCCCAGAAUUCAUUGCAUUUAGAAAUAGGCUGAACUCUUCCCUUCACUUUGCGCAAGUUCGCACAGAACGGAUGUUGUUAGACCUCUUACUUGAAGCAAAUAUAUCAACCAGUUUAGAAGAAAGUAUCAAGUCUAUGAGUCUGAGCCCAGAGGAGGAUGACAUUCCGUGGAAAGAUUUGCAUGACAACAGAGACCUGACAGUCUUGUUUAACUGGGAUCCAAAAGACAGGGACAUUUCUGAAGAACAUAGGAAACUCUCCCUGGAGGAAGAAACCAUGUGGUUGCGAAUCCGGUCUUUAACUUUAAGGCUAGUAAGCGGGCUCCCAACUCUUAGUCACACUAUUCAACCAAAGAACUCUGAAAAGACUGCAGAGAACGGCGUCUCGUCCAAGAUUGAUACAAUUCGAUCCCUGCUUCAGCAGCUGGAAGCAGCAGUGGAUGCAGGGAAGAAGUUUCUAGAACAAAAAAUUCAGUAUCCUGUCCUUGGCCCUCCUCCUACCCGAAUGGCUGGCUUCUUCAGUAAUGGCAGCUGUCAGUGCCAGACUAGCUUGUUUUAUCUUGUUAGUGAUAUUUAUGAACUAGAUACCAAUGGCUUAGAAGAUUCAACAGAAAUCCAAGAGAGGAUAGGGAAUAGUUUCAAGUCUUUAGUAGAACGACUAACAGACUUGUUCAAUAAAUGUAAAGGUGAUUUGAUUGAAGUCAGAGAUGGCACCUUGAAAACUCAUCCAUACCUGUUAGAAAACCUAGUCUUCUUUGUUGAGACGAUCUCCGUUGCCCUGUGGGUAUCAAGUUACUGUGACAGUGUCCUCCGACCAUUUAAAUCCAACCUGCAAAAAAAGAAGAAGAAAAAAAAAGAAAGCAGUGUAGCAAUGCCACCUAUAUUUACACAUUUUCUGGAUUAUGUUACUGAACUACAGACAUUAACUUCCAAUGUAAUAGAUCACAUCAAAGGGCUUGAAAUAAUUCUGACUGCACUAAAACUUGAAGAGCUGUCCCUCAAGGAUACUCUGCUUUUACAGGAAGAAAAAAAGUUUACAAAGACUGUGCAAGGGAAGGUCCAGAGCAGUUACCAUCAUUCAGUUCAGGAAAUUGGAGAGCUGCUGAAAAAGAGACUUGAUACCAUUAAAAAACUAAAGAUUUGAGGAAUGUGUCCUUGACAGACUCCACAAGGGAGUGACACCAGAGUUCCAGACAGAAGCAACAUCCAGUAUACCAUCACUUUAAUCCAGAACUUCCUCAUAAUGCAUGAAGGACUUAAAAAAGCAUAAAACAGUUUUUUUAGGUAUUACAGAUGUAUUGAGCUGAUUUAAAUUAUUGUACAUAAAUUAGAAGUCGGGACCCUUAUCGGGGUUUGACCACUUUUUAUACAUGUUCAUAAGCAUUCUGCAACAGGAGAAAAUUAACUUUCUUCCCUUUUGAUCUCUAGAAACAACUGGAGAUGGUCUUUAGAAGCAGCAAUAGAAAUCCAGUGUAAAGCAUAUAUCUCAAAGGAGUUGUAUUUUCUUCACCAUACAGUGUUUAUAAUUUUUGUAUGGUCCUUGCCUUAGAAAUGCAGAAAUUGUAGAUGCCUGUGUUCAGCCACCUCAAAUGAAACGAGCCCGUUCCAGAACUGCUUGUUUUGUUCACAAGCCACUUGGUCCUGCUUUGGUGGGGAGAGGGGAGGCUGUGGGGCAGGAUCACCUCUGGUGCUGCCUUCAGCA